GCAAACGUGCUUCAUUGUACAGCAAGGAUGAUCCAGACUGGGCGCCUUCACUGAAGAUGUGUGCUGCAGAGACGUCUGUAGCAGUUGGUGCUGACGGUGGCAUGACGUCUCUGGCAGCUGAACCUUUCAACCGACGACAAAAAAGAAAAAGGAAAUUAGACCUGAGUGCUGCUAAAUGUGUUGAAGAGCCAGGCUGCGCAGAAUCUGAUGAUCAGCCCAAGUCUACAGGAACACAGACAGAGUUAACAGCUGAGCUAUUCAACAGUAAGAGUGCUGACCUGCAGGCGCUGAGGACUGAAAAUCAAGAGCUCAGGGCUGAAGCUGCCAACCACACUGCCAAGUGGGAUCAGGAUGGUUUUAGAGAGAACAAUGAAAAGGUGCUUUUUUUUACUGGCCUACAAAAUUGGCAAACACUGUUUUCACUUUUCACAUACUUGGCUGCAUAUUUACCUGAAAACACGUCAGUGAACAAAUUCAAACUUUUGAUUAUCACCCUGAUGAGACUGCGCCUGAACGUCUCAGCAAAGUUUCUGUCAUAUGAAUUUGGUGUUUCYUUAUCUACUGUUUCCAGYAUAAUUUCAGAUGUCAUUAGUGUAAUGUAUGURAGGAUGAGCCCACUUGUUGUCUGGCCUGASAGAGAACUUUUGAGGAAAACCAUGCCUGUGCAGUUCAGGAAACACUUUGGCAGUAAAUGUGCAGUCAUUAUUGACUGUUUUGAAGUGUUGAUUGAUCGGCCGUCGAACCUUGAAGUCAGGGCAGAGACGUGGUCAUCAUAUAAACACCACAGUACAGUUAAAUUUCUUAUUGYGAUCACUCCACAGGGGACAGUUUCAUUCAUAUCAAAAGCAUGGAGGGGUAGAACCAGUGAUAAAUACAUUACAGAACACUGUGGUGUUUUGGAUCAUAUUCUUCCUGGUGACUUAAUUUUGGCAGACCGAGGCUUUGAUAUAGAWGCAACCACUGGUAGUAUGAUGGCUCAGGUAAAAGUUCCUGCAUUUACAAACGGACAGUUUCAAUUGUCUCCUGUUGAUGUGGAAACAACACGGCAGAUAGCACAUGUAAGGAUCCAUGUCGAGCGUGUCACUGGCUGUGUAAGACAAAAAUACACAAUCUUGAAUGGCCCUGUACCUAUAGAUUUUCUAACAUGUAGAGAUUCAGAAAAAGUGGCAUUAAUUGAUAUGAUUGGCUUUGUGUGCUGUGCCUUGGUUAAUCUGUCACCAUCUUCCGUGGGUUCUGAGUAGCUGCAUUCAUUGUAAAAAGAACAAGAAGAUAGGAAUGAAAGCUGAUGUAAACUGCUUUUUAUUACUGGAGAUUGUUCCAGCUUUACUUUGUUUGAAGUUGUUUUUGGCAAAUAUGGGGCCGAUGUGCUUUUUCUUCACUCUGCAUUUUUUAUUCGAGCAUGAUUUACUUUCUUYAUUACUGUAUAUAGUUUGAUUUUAUGAAUGAAAUGAUGUGGAUGAUGCUUUUUUUUUGUAACGGAUGUCACACUGGUGUGAGCAAACAAGACAACUUACAUUUUACAUAGUAUCGCUGAUAAUGUAUGGCUCACUUGUAUUGAUUAAAAAAACCUCUUUUAAACUGAAUAAAUGGCAUUAUGUACCAUUAA